AUGUAUGGGUUCAUCUUCAACGCCAUCAAGUUAGGGUUCUACAGCGACUUUGAGAAGAGGUCAUGGUACAUCAUCUGCACAGGGGCGUCAGUUCCUGAGGACUAUGACGAUUACAUCGACUAUGAAGACCAACUUUUUCUAGAGCUUGCUGUUGGAGUCAGUAAGCAUGUAAAAAAAGAUGUGAAUGAAGUGGUUGCUCUGUUUGGGGAAUGGUUCAUCAAAGUCACUAUUAAAGAAUGGAACAUGAAACUUCUCGGUCGAACCCCUGGAGACUUUUUCCGUUCCUGGAAUGAUUUCUUUGACUACAAGUCAUACGAAUAUGCAGGUCUGAUGUACGAGUCCUACACAGUCAGUCAGGAAGACGACCAAGGAUUUGACCUGGCUAUGAGAUGCUGGGCUCCUAACAUGGCCUUCUUUGGACUGGGAUUAAUCAAGUUCAUUUUGAAGAACCUCUAUCAAGUUCCAGAAGAUGACAUCCAGAUCGUAGCCGAACCUCAGCAAAUAGAUGGGUAUAUAUUCCAGACAAACUUCCGUCUCCAGUUUGACAAUUCCCGGUUCUACGAUAACCCGGACGACGAGGAUGCUUCUGAGAGGGAAAUGGAUGAGAUAAUGCCUCUGACGUCACUUAGUAUUCUUAAUCUGUUCCCUUUCUUCAUAUACUUUGACAGGUUUAACGAAAUCCACUCUGUGGGCAGCACCUUGGACCAGAUCAUGCCCAAAUUGGUCCGCUCCAAACUCAACAAAAACUUUGCUCUGCGCAAACCAAGAUAUGGUACGAUGACUUGGAACUACAUUCGGAGUAAUACUCACAUGGUGUUUGAGUUGUGUAGUAAGGGAAGCGAGGGGGUCACUCAACUAAUGAAGAACGAAGAGACAGAGAUUGAUCUGCACUUCCGCUUACAGGGUCAGAUACUAGUGUUUGAAGAGACUGGUGAUGCCAUCUUCCUUUGUUCCCCACGUUUGGAGUCCAUGUCGGCAUGCAAGUCGGUGUUCCUAGGGGAUCUGGAAGCUCACGACAAUACUAAAAACCAACUAGUCUCCUCCUCACUUAGGCUGCAUUUGAUCCGACGUCUGCUAGACGAGGAGCGGGAACAGAGCAUGGUCCAGAGCCAAUACCUCUCCGUCCUUAACACCGAGAUGAGAAUAACUGAGGGCCUCAUUAAACAGAUCAUGCCGAAAGAUGUUGCUCUGCAGAUUAGGGAAGGGACCCCGUUUGUUAACACCUGUGAAGAGUAUAGUGAAGCAACAGUUCUCUUUAGUGACCUGGUCGGGUUUACUGAAAUUUGCAGUGGUCUCUCUCCUAUGCAGGUGGCAGGCUUGCUGAACAGGAUGUACAUGACAUUUGACACGCUCACAGAUGCCAACCCUAACGUCUACAAGGUUGAAACAAUUGGUGAUGCGUACAUGUUAGUAAGCGGCUUACCGGACCGCACGGAGCACCAUGCCAAGCAUGCUGCUGACAUUGCCAUGGAUAUGGUUCAGGCAAUCCAGAAAGUCAAGAUAACUUUCCUUAAAGAACCCCUAACAGUCAAACUAGGAAUGCACUCUGGAGCAGUUGUCGCAGGAGUUGUAGGUUGGAAGGUUCCAAGGUAUUGUUUGUUCGGUGACACAGUAAACACAGCCUCGAGAAUGGAAACCGCGAGUGAGGCCCUUAAAAUACACAUCAGUGACUCAACUAACGAGCAUCUCAAGCGAUACGGAAACUACAUUACCCGUCAGCGAGGCUGGCAUUCCCACAAAGGCAAGGGCCAGUUACCCACGUAUUGGCUGUGCGGUCAGGGGGACAACAUCCUACCCUCCUACACACAGACGGAGAUGAUGGAGGAGGAAGCGAAGAAACAGGUCAACCAGGUUCUGGAACAGGUGAACGAAGGAGCUCAACUAAGUGCGGAAGUUCUAAACCAGUUGGGUAACAACCCAGCGAUGCAACGACAGAUAAAUCCACUGCAGAAAGUGGCUGAACUAGUGGCGGAUGGCAAAGUAGACGCCAAUAAGAACUUAAAACAAAACUACCUAAAAGAUAAACCCAAGUUCCAUAUUCGAAACAUCAGUACAGUAUGCACAAUUAUAUGA